AUCAUGCUAAACGUUCGGCAGUCGGAUGUAUUUGACCGACGUACAGACCCAGACAUGUCUGAAAAACUUGCCAUGAAAAAGCCUGGGACGCCUUCUAAAGAGGGUCAAGAAAGAGUCGACUGGAAGAAAUGGAAAUCAGAACGGAAGGAGCAGCAGCGCAGGCGGAAGGAGGAAAAACUGAUAACGCAGCUAGAGAAGCAGAAGAUGAAAGAGUUGGAGGAAAAAAAGACUCAAGCAGCAGACGAGGAGCAGAGUAAUGGUCGCUCAUAUACGCUGAGCAUAGCACUACCAGGAUCUGUUUUGGACAAUGCACAGUCACCUGAGCUGCGAACAUAUUUAGCAGGGCAGAUUGCGCGCGCCUGCACUGUCUUCUGUGUCGAUGAAGUAGUUGUGUUCGAUGAACAUGGGGAAGAAGCAAAAAACACGGAAGGAGAGUACAAGGGGGUUGGGAAGAAGGGGAAAGCGUGCGUCCAACUGGCACGCAUUCUUCAGUAUUUGGAGUGUCCGCAGUACUUGAGGAAAGCGUUUUUCCCCAAGCAUCAGGAUCUACAGUUUGCAGGCCUUCUGAACCCCUUGGAUAGUCCCCAUCACAUGCGUAUGGAUGAGGAGGCAGACUUCCGGGAAGGACUGGUCCUUGACAGGCCGUGCAAGGCAGAUAAGGGCUCCUACGUGGACUGUGGCAUGAGAAAAGAGGUUCGGAUUGACAAACAGCUGAAGCCAGGACUAAGGGUUACAGUGAAACUCGACAAGAAUCAAGACUCUGGUUGUAAGCGGUAUAGAGGUGUGGUGGUGGCUCCUCAUGUACCACGUACAGAAAAAGGGUUGUAUUGGGGUUACCAAGUUCGACUCGCUUCCUCUCUUAGUGCUGUAUUCACCGAAUGCCCUUUUAAAGAUGGCUAUGAUGUCACCGUUGGAACGUCUGAGAGAGGCAGAAAUGCAGACGACGUUACAGUAUCCCCAUUCAGCCACAUGCUGGUGGUCUUUGGUGGUUUGGCAGGUCUGGAAGCCAGUGUGGAUGCUGAUAACGACCUGGAAAUCUCUGACCCGAGCUCUCUGUUUCACCUCUACCUCAACACCUGUCCCACACAGGGAAGUCGCACCAUACGAACUGAGGAGGCCAUCUUGAUCUCGCUGUCCAUAUUAAGACAGAAAAUUGCUACAGUCUUUCCAAGCUCCUCUGAAUAAUUAUAUCAAAUGGAUUCCACUAUCUGUUUUUUCCAGCCACAUAUUAUGUCAUGGACCAAUGUCUUAAAAAAUAAAAGCUUAAUAAUUAUUUCUUA